AUGGCCCAAACAUUCGUCAUGCGAGGAGUGGAAGGCAAGGUGAAGAAGACGCCGGCCGAGAUCCCAGAGCUCAAGGCCAACGAAGUGCUCGUCAAGAUCUCCCACAGCGGCCUCUGUGGGACCGACUUGUUCUACAUCGAACCCGGCUGUGCUCUGGGCCAUGAAGGGGUCGGGACCGUCGAGAAAGUCGGCAGUGCCGUGACCGCCCACAAGAUUGGUGACCGAGUCGGAGGAGGAUAUCUGAGAAGCAGCUGUGGCCAAUGCAAAUACUGUCUCACGGGCAAGGACAUCAUGUGCUACCAGCGCGACAUCUACGGGGCAGCGGGCUUCAGCAACGGCACCUUCGCGACGUACUACAUCGCGACCGAGGGCUACGUGUACGCGAUUCCCGAAUCGAUGCCCUCGGAAAUCGCCGCGCCGCUGCAGUGCGCCGGGGCCACCGUCUACUCGGCCCUGAAGACCUACUACCAGCCGGGCAUGCGCGUCGGGGUGCUGGGCAUCGGCGGGCUCGGCCACCUGGCGAUCCAGUUCGCGGCCAAGAUGGGCGCCCCGACCACGGUCUUCAGCACCAGCCCGUCCAAGGAGAAGGAGGCGCGCGACUUCGGGGCGUCGAGCUUCGUCGUGCUCGGCCAGGAGCACACGUUGGACGCGCCGGUCGAUUUGCUGCUGAUCACCUCCCACAAGGCGCCGGACUGGUCGACGUUCAUGAGCGAAAAGGUCGUGGCUAGAGGAGCUUCGAUCGUGGUCCUGGGCGCCAUCGGCAUGAGCCUCGAGUUCCCAUUCCUUCCAUACUUCUUCAACUGCUACAACCUGGUGACAAACCUGGUGGCGUCGCGGGCGACGCACGCCGAGAUGCUCGCGUUCGCGGCCCAGCACGGCGUCAAGCCGCUGGUCGAGGAGUUCGCGAUGGACGAGGCGGGCAUGGCCGAGGCCGUGACCAAGCUGCAGCAGGGCAAGAUCCGGUACCGGGCCGUCUUGAAGGCGUGA